GUAAUAUUUGCAUGGUAUAUCUGGUCCUCACCACCACCACCACCAACAUCUCGACCGAUUUCGAAAACUUGUCUCUUCUCUCCACAUAUUAAUCAUUCUUAGCAGUAACAUUGUUUAUAUCCAACCCCUUCGAAUAGACCAAGCGGGAAUACCGCCAGCAAAGCAUCAAACUUUGGACACCGAUCCUAUCGCAGUCGACAUAGGAAGAACACGAAGACGGGGACAGUCUUACGGCUGUGACGGGAUCCUUGGCAAGCCAUUGCGCCGCACCCUCACACACACACACAUCAUCGCCGUCAGCCAACGACAAAGCUCUCACUGGCUAGCUGCAGCUUUCGUAGGACAUCUUAUCUCACCUCUCACCGCGCGCGCAAAACCAACCCCGCCUUUUUCCCCCGACAAGUGAACCAACCCUCAACUCCCAAUCCAAGCAAUUCGCAACACAAACUCAGUUCGCAUCGCAAUCGCAUAACAACAAUCGCGUCGACAAGAUGCUAUUCGCCAUUUUCUUCUCCUUCUGGCGCUUCCUGCAAAUCAUCACUCUGAUCCCGACAAUAGGACUCCUAGCAUACUUCGUCGACGGCUACAACAAGCUCAACGCCCUGACACCAACCUACAUCCUCGUGCUCUUCAUCGUGUCCGUGCUCGCGGGCGCCUGGGCCAUAUUCACCAUCUUCUCGUACCACCGGUCCUCCACAAACGCCUCCUUCGUCGCGCUCAUCGACAUCCUCUUCGUCGGCGCAUUCAUCGGCGCCGUCUACGCCCUGCGCUUCAUCGCCGACGCAGACUGCACCAAUGUCACGCGCGGCUCCUCCGUCGACGUGUCUCUCGGCAUCUUCGGCAGCGCCUCUCUGAACGGCGUCCGCGUGAACGUCGACAAAUCGUGCGCCAUGCUGAAAGCUGCUUUCGCCUUCGGCAUCUUGAAUGCUAUUUUCUUCUUCUUCACAGCGGCAUUGGCGUGUUUGCACGGCGAUCGCCUGAGCGCGGGGGAGAGGAAGACGUAUGUGCGUGAGAACCACUCGCAUCGCCAUAGUCAUCGGUCUAGCGCCCCGCACUCAAGACAUUCGUCGCAUCACUCGCAUCGGCGCGUGUAUGUCUAGGAACAGACAAACAAGACAUGCUCACGGGUUAUUUGGAGUGGAACUGAAAUCGGCGAAAUAGCCGCUUUAUCCGCCCAAACAACAUGAAUCUUCUCCUUUUUUCACUUUUACUUAUUGUCUUUUUCGAAAUGUGUAUAUGCGGUGUAUUUCGGACCAGAUGGGGUGAAUGGAUCGGUGUAUAGAAUCGGGAAAUAUCAGACGGGAAAGAAAGCGCAAAGCAAAUCAACGAACGAACAAAUAAACAAAAAACUAAGAAUUAGGUACAUAUAUUACCCAGGGUUACUUGUAUGGACUUAUACAUACGCGCAGACAAAGAUCUGGGAAGAAUAUCUGGGUUGUUUUUAUUUUUGGACCGGAUCGGAUCGGAUGGAAUAGGCAGGCGUGUGGGAGAUACAUCUUCUGGAAUUGAAUGAGCUGGGACGGGCGGAGGAAAGCAAGCAAGCGAGGGAGAACCAGGAAUCCCUUUGCUCUUUGGCACGAUUAUGACGAUGUAAUGCCUUACUAUGACUACUUCUACUACUUUAGUGUAUAUACCAAUUCAGUGCUUUUUUAACUGUUCAUGUUACGACUAGUUAUUAUAUUCCGCCUGUCUGCUUGUUAAUGCAUUCAUGAGAACUUAGUAGGGGAUAUGGUUGCGUAUACGAGGCUAGAAUCAUAUAAGACACUCCACGCUCUGUCAACCUACUUACAUAUCUACUUAGAGAUGGAGGAAAUCAUGUCACUCAGUUAUCAUAAUAAAUAUGUGA